AUGUUUAGGGAUGCCCGAAUUGCAGGGGAGCGCCCUUAUUGGAUGGGCGAAAUNAUUUGGAACUCUUUGCUUGCACAUUGGAAUUCAGUAGAGUUUCGCAAGAAGAGUGCUACAGCCCAGAGGAAUAGAGCGUCUGAAAAGGGUGGUGCCUUGCAUACUAGCGGGUCGAUCACAAUUCACGAGCAUGCCAUUCGUAUGCAGGAAGAAUUUUCUACAAGACUUUCACAAGUUAGAUCCGAACAUGGGUCAGCUCCUACACCGGAUGAUGCGAGUAAUGCAGAUGACGACAUCCGUAGCACACAAUGCUGGGUCGAUGUUGAUUUUUUCACAGCAGCUACUGACACAACUGCUUUAUCAGUAGAGUGGGCAAUAGCAGAAGUGUUGAACAAUCCAAAGGUGCUGCAGAAAGCUGAAGAGGAGGUGGAGAGAGUGACUGGAAACAAGAGAUUAGUGUGUGAAACAGACAGUGAAAAGCUUCCUUAUAUCCAUGGCAUCAUAAAAGAAACAAUGAGGCUUCAUCCACCAAUACCAAUGCUUAUGAGAAGGGGAAUCAAAGACUGUGUGGUUAAUGGAAACAUGAUUCCAAAGGGUUCAAUAGUUUGCCUAAACAUUUGGGCUAUGGGAAGGGAUCCAAGUAUCUGGGAGAACCCUUUGGAGUUUAAACCAGAAAGGUUUGUAGAAGGUGAAGGGAAAGAUAUUGAUCUGAAAGGGCACCAUUUUGAGUUGUUGCCAUUUGGCAGUGGAAGAAGAGGGUGUCCUGGUAUGCCUUUGGCCAUGCGUGAAUUGCCUACAAUCAUUGGAACACUGGUGCAGUGUUUUCAGUGGAAGAUUUUUGGUUCUCAAGGUGAAAUCUUGGAGCAUGGAAGAGGCAAAAUCAACAUGGAUGAACGACCAGGCUUGACUGCUCCAAGGGCUAAUGAUCUUAUAUGCAUCCCUGUUGCACGAUUAGAUCCUACUCCUUUUCUUCAACUCUAGUUAACUAUCCAUGGAAAUUCUCACACUAUAUACAUACAUGCAUGACAGUUUGUAUUUCUUCUUUCUGCGUCUGAUACUGAUACUGUAGUGUGUAUGUAUUUUGCAGUGUAAUUUACGUGAGAUUAUUAUGCUCAUGACCAUGCAAUAUGUAAUAUUUUCAUACAAUAAAGACGAA